AACUUGCGAUGCGGUUAAGAAGUAGAAAGAGGGAGCGGCCGCUCUCAACGAGGAACACACAGAGGGUGACAAAGUCAAAGCAGAAACCUUUAAAAACUUUACUUAAAUCCAAGUCAACUUGGAAAAAGAUCUUGAAGGCAGACAAUGGUCUGGGUUCUGGACCGAAUCUCCAUUGUAUUACUAGAUCUCAAAAAAAUUUGGACCUAAAAACUCGACCAGUAAGAACUAAAACUGCCAAAAGCAUGGAGAAACCGGUUGAUGUCAAGAAAUCAAAACCGAAAGAUGAAGCAAAAAAACCAAUAUUCCAAACUGUUGUAAGAAGUUCUAACAGAGAUAUUACAUCAAUUAAACCGAAGACCCAAAAUGAAAAGGUUACAACCACAUCAAAGAGCAAACUCAAAGAUGUGAGGACAACAAAGAGUGUGCAGCUAAGGCAAAGUUCUUUAAACAGGGAGUUGAGAAAAACGGAAUCCGUCUCAUCAGCAUUAAGUUCUCCACGCAAAACUAGACGGAUUGAUAAACCUGAUAAGUCAGCUUCGUUAAAUAGUUCCCCUAUACGUAAAGUGAGGCAGUUGGGUGUUCCUAUGUUGAAGCUGAGCAAAAUAGCUGUUAGCUCAACCAAUGAGAGCCCCAAGAAGAAAUUAAAAGCAAAAGCUCCUGUUGUGCCUGAGCAACUCAACGGAUUUACUGAUGACAAUGACAUUACAAUGUACGAGCCUCACACAACAACAUUUGUUGAUUUUCCAUUGCCUAAAACAGAGUCUGAUUCUGAGGUCGAAUCAUCCGAACUGUGUCUCCCAAACGACUGUCUCAAUGAUUUGAUGGCUAUAGCUGAAUGUGCAAGGUUGAUCACAAACGACAUGCCAAACAGAUUAAUGCCCAAUGAAUUGACCAAUAACUUGGCCAAAGAUUUGGCAGCAGAAGAUGAUGAUAUAAACUUCUUAGCUGACAAAGCAGCUAAAGUCAUGACAACAGACAAAGAAGAUAGAAAGAAGAAGUGCGACACGAAAUUGCAGAAAAGAAGAAAGUCUAGCAAUGAUCUAGAGAUGUAUCAACCAACUUCUACAACUGAUGAUUUGGACUCCUGUGGAGAAUUUCUGAAUACAGCUGAGAAAUAUGUCCAGCCGGAUUUCGUCCAAAUGCUAGAACAGGACAGCUAUGUACGAGACCCCGAGUGUGAAAUAUCAUCAACGUGUGGGGAUACUCAGGGCACAGCUAUAGAGAGUCUGGAAGCACUGUCUGCCCGGAGCCCUAGCACUGGUUUCUUGGCUGAGAUCAGUCAGAGUUUGGCAGCGGAGGCAGCUGGAUGGAGUGCAUCGGAUGUGGUGGUAGAUGAGAAUUCACUGACCUGUCACGAUGAACCAACACCUGACACAGAGGAGGAGGAGGCAGCCACAGUGAUAUCAUCUUGCAGUGUCCGUUCAGACUGCGAGCAAAUCUCAUCAUGGGCAGAUGCUUUUGAUCCCUAUUUAUUCAUCAAACAGCUGCCCCCCUUGGAAACAGUGGCAACAGGCGCUCUCCGUGCAAGGUAUCCAGCUUUACCGCUGAAAACCAGGACCAGUCCCGACUUUAGUCUGGUGUUGGACCUGGACGAGACAUUAGUGCACUGCUCCCUACAAGAGCUUCCUGAUGCUAGCUUCCAUUUCCCAGUGCUCUUCCAGGACUGCCGGUACACGGUAUUCGUCCGCACUCGGCCACAUUUUGCGGAGUUCCUGUCGCGCGUGUCUCGCCUGUACGAGGUGAUUCUGUUCACGGCGAGCAAGCGGGUGUAUGCGGACCGUUUGCUCAACCUACUCGACCCCGCGCGAAGGUGGAUUAAAUAUAGAUUGUUUCGCGAACACUGUCUCCUGGUGAACGGCAACUAUGUAAAAGAUCUCUCGAUCCUCGGGAGGGAUUUACGCAAGACUGUCAUCGUUGACAACAGUCCACAGGCCUUCGGAUACCAGCUGGAGAAUGGUAUCCCGAUCGACAGCUGGUUCGUGGAUCGCAGCGACAACGAACUGCUAAAACUGCUGCCUUUCCUCGAACACCUGGCCACUAAGGACGACGUUCGGCCUUACAUCCGGGAUAAAUACAAACUGUUCAGCUACCUGCCGCCCGACUAAAUGAGCUUAGUAGUGCAUUGAUAUCGUACUAUGAAAGCUAUCUCCACGUUUUUAAAGUCUUAUAAAAAUGGGUCUUUUCCGUUGUCAAUUUUGUUGUACAUAAAUCUCUUCAAGUUAACUCGUGUAAAAAUAGUGCUUAAUAUUGUGAAAGGGAUAACAAUAUUCCGAAUAGUUACUAAGAUACAGCACUAUUUAAACACAAUAUCUAAUUAAUUUAAUUUAGAGAUUUGUGUACAGCAUAAUUGGCUCCAGUAUCGUCUUAUCUGUUCAGGAAACUAGCAUUUACGAAGCGCGAUUAAAAUUAACGCAAUUUGA